AUGCCCAAGGAGAAAGGCGAAAACCGGGGCCAGGAAGCUGCCACCUGCAGAGCCAAGACCAACGCUACGCAAAAGGCUGCCCACAGCGAGAUGGGCCCUGCUGAACUUUUGACUGAACACAUGGACUCUUCUGGCAACCCAGUACCCGAUCCAAGCUGGGGCCCCACAAGGAAACCUGACGAGGAUGCGGACUUGUUUGAGGCUAUGCAGGCGGACACUUCAGAAUUUGACAAAGACUGA